AUGAUGUUGAACAGGAAAUUGUAUACUGGAAGUCGAGAAUUUGAAGAAACUGAAUCUGCUACACCUAGUGUGAAUCCGUUAGAUAUUCAACCUCCUAACGUAGGAAGAGAAAGAGAUGACUCACAACUUUUAAGAACUAUAGCCGAUGCAUUACUGUGUGUAGCAGGAACUGUACCUGCUACUACAUCAGUACCAACUGUCAGACGGGCCCCGAUUAAAGAGCUACGGAAAUAUGGUGCCACGGAGUUUUUGGGAUUAAGAAGAAUUAAUCCGUCCGAUGCUGAAAAUUGGAUGCCAUCAACAAAAAGAGUUUUGCAACAAUUAGAUUGCACUCCCCGAGAGAAUCUGAUAUGUGUUGUAUCACUGUUACUAAGAGAAGUGUAUCUCUGGUGGGAAUCUGUGGUUAGGCAUUUGCCGGAUGAUCAGGUAACCUGUGACUUGUUUCAAAAAGAAUUUCAGAAUAAGUAUAUUGGGGAAAUGUACAUUGAAGAGAAAAAGAAAGAGAUUUUAGUGUUGAAACAUGGUAAUAUGUCAGUACUGGAUUAUGAGCGAGAGUUCUCUAGACUGAGCAAGUAUGCUUCAGAAUAUGUUCCAACCGAAGCUGAUAGUUGUAAAUGA